AUGGAGUCCAACUGCGAUGAGACACUCGCAGAUACCGACCGCUCCAUCAGGAGCGAGCCGGGCUACGGCGGUGCCGACUGGUCUAUGAAGCCUCUCGUCGCCGACUUUCACGCACGAGACGUCGCCUCUGGCUUUCCCGCCCGCGAAUUGGGCGUCACUUGGCAGAAUCUCACCGUCGAGGCCAUCAGCGCCGACGCUGCCCUCCACGAAAACGUCCUCUCGCAGUUCAACAUUCCCAAGCUCAUCAAAGAGUCGAGACAAAAGCCCCCGCUGAAGACGAUCCUCGACAACAGCCAUGGCUGCGUCAAGCCCGGCGAGAUGCUCCUCGUCCUCGGCCGCCCCGGUUCCGGCUGCACCACGCUCCUCAACAUGAUUGCCAACCACAGAAGAGGCUACGCCAGCGUGUCUGGCGACGUCCACUAUGGCUCCAUGAAGGCGGAGGAGGCCAACCAAUUCCGUGGUCAGAUCGUCAUGAACACGGAAGAAGAACUUUUCUUCCCGUCCUUGACCGUCGGCCAGACAAUGGACUUUGCGACGCGCCUCAAGGUUCCUUUCCGUUUGCCCGACGGCGUCAGCAGCAAGGAAGGCCUCCGAGCCGAGACACGAGACUUCUUGCUCAAGUCCAUGGGUAUCGAGCACACCUUGGACACCAAAGUGGGCAACGCGUUUGUGCGCGGUGUGUCCGGUGGUGAACGCAAGCGUGUUUCCAUCAUCGAGUGUCUGGCUUCGCGAGGGAGCGUCUUCUGCUGGGACAACUCGACUCGCGGUCUCGAUGCCAGCACGGCUCUCGAAUACACCAGGGCUGUCCGAGCCUUGACCGACGUUCUCGGGCUUGCGAGCAUUGUCACGCUCUACCAGGCGGGCAACGGCAUCUAUAACCUUUUCGACAAGGUCCUCGUGCUGGAUGAGGGCAAGGAGAUCUAUUAUGGAUCCAUGAGGGAGGCGCGACCAUUCAUGGAGCAGUUGGGUUUCAUCUGCGACGAUGGUGCCAAUGUUGCCGACUUCCUGACUGGUGUCACCGUGCCUACGGAGCGCAAGAUUCGUACCGAGUUGCAGCACAAGUUCCCGCGCACCGCCGAAGCCAUUCGCACCGAGUAUCAGAACUCUCCGAUCCGGACCCGCAUGCAAGCCGAGUAUGACUACCCGUCGAGCGAGGAGGCCAAGCGAAAGACCGAGCUCUUCCGCGAGGGCGUCUCCAUGGAAAAAGACAAGAGGUUGCCUGGCAAGAGCCCCUUCACAGUUGGCAUCAUGGAGCAGAUCAAGGCAUGCGUUCAGCGCCAGUAUCAAAUCCUCUGGGGCGACAAGGCCACAUUCAUCAUCAAGCAGGUGUCCACAAUCGUGCAGGCGCUGAUUGCCGGCUCCUUGUUCUACAACGCCCCCAACACGUCAGGCGGCCUCUUCUCGAAGUCUGGUGCGCUCUUCUUUGCCCUUCUCUUCAACAGUCUGCUUGCCAUGGCCGAGGUCACAGACUCCUUCACCGGCCGCCCCGUCCUCAUCAAACACAAGACAUUCGCCUACUUCCAUCCGGCUGCAUUCUGCCUGGCGCAGAUUGCCGCCGAUAUACCCGUCAUCCUCUUUCAGGUUUCUACCUUUUCUCUCAUCUUGUACUUUAUGGUCGGUCUGACCAUGGACGCCGGCCAUUUCUUUACCUUUUGGAUCAUCGUCAUCGCCACCACGUUUUGCAUGACGGCACUUUUUAGGGCCAUCGGCGCGGCGUUCAGCACGUUUGACGGUGCCUCCAAGGUGUCUGGCUUCAUCAUUGCCGCUAGCAUUCUGUACGCAGGCUACCAGCUGCAGAAGCCGCACAUGCACCCUUGGUUUGUCUGGAUCUUUUGGAUCAACCCACAAGCCUACGCUUUCGAUGCCUUGCUCUCCAACGAGUUCCACAACAAGAUCAUCCCCUGCGUUGGCAAUAACCUGAUCCCGAGCGGCCCCAACUACACGGACGGCGCGAGCCAAGCCUGCUCCGGCGUUGGAGGUGCCGUCCCUGGACAGAACUUUGUUGACGGAGACGCCUAUCUUGCAUCCCUUUCGUACAGCCACGCACACCUGUGGCGGAACUUUGGCAUCGUUUGGGCUUGGUGGGCGCUGUUUGUCGCCAUCACGGUGUACUCUACGUCGAAAUGGCGAUCUUCGUCAGAGAAUGGCCCGAGCCUGCUAAUCCCCCGAGAGAACGCGCAUAUUAUCGACGCCCAUCGGCAAAACGACGAGGAGGGCCAGGCCAGCGGAAAGGAAGUCAAGAGCAGCUCGCCGUCGGGUGAGAACUCCGGAGACGAGUCGGCGCCCCCCAACCUCAUGCGCAACACAUCGGUGUUCACCUGGAAGAACCUCUCCUACACGGUCAAGACGCCGUCUGGCGAUCGCCUUCUGCUCGACAACGUCCAAGGCUGGGUCAAGCCAGGCAACUUGACAGCCCUCAUGGGUUCAUCGGGUGCAGGCAAGACGACCCUUCUGGAUGUCCUGGCGCAGCGGAAGACGGAAGGGACAAUUCGGGGAUCCAUCAUGGUUGAUGGCCGGCCACUGCCGGUGUCGUUUCAACGAUCAGCUGGUUACUGCGAGCAGCUCGAUGUCCACGAAGCAUAUGCAACAGUCCGCGAGGCGCUCGAGUUCUCGGCUCUUCUGCGACAGAGUCGCGACACGCCGCGCGAGGAGAAGCUCGCCUAUGUUGACACGAUUAUUGACCUGCUGGAGCUUCACGAUCUCGCCGACACCCUCAUCGGAGAAGUUGGCGCAGGUUUGAGCGUGGAACAGCGGAAGCGAGUCACCAUUGGUGUUGAGUUAGUCUCGAAGCCCAGCAUCUUGAUCUUCCUGGAUGAGCCGACCUCUGGUCUGGACGGCCAGUCGGCUUUCCACACCGUUCGAUUCUUGCGCAAGCUGGCUGCUGUGGGACAGGCGGUUCUCGUCACGAUCCAUCAGCCCUCUGCGCAGCUCUUUGCCCAGUUCGACACUCUUCUGCUUCUGGCCAAGGGCGGCAAGACGGUGUACUUUGGCGACAUCGGCGACCAAGCCAACACCAUCAAGGAGUACUUUGGCCGCUAUGGCGCGCCUUGCCCGACGGAGGCCAACCCGGCAGAGCAUAUGAUUGACGUCGUCUCGGGAACGCUCUCGCAGGGCAAAGACUGGAACGAGGUCUGGCUGGCUUCCCCCGAGUACGAGAAGAUGACGGCGGAGCUCGACCACAUUAUCAGCGACGCGGCAUCGAAGCCGCCGGGCACCGUUGAUGAUGGCCACGAGUUUGCCAUGCCCAUGUGGUACCAGAUCAAGCUCGUUACUCACCGGAUGAACGUCUCGCUGUACCGCAACGUUGACUAUGUCAACAACAAGAUGGCGCUGCACAUCUUCUCUGCCCUGUUCAACGGCUUCUCGUAUUGGAAGAUUGGUGAAUCCUUCGGCGACCUCCAGCUCAAACUUUUCACGGUCUUCACCUUUAUCUUUGUGGCGCCCGGUGUCCUGGCUCAGCUGCAACCGCUGUUCAUCCACCGCCGCGACAUUUUUGAGACACGCGAGAAAAAGUCCAAGAUGUAUUCGUGGGUUGCGUUUGUCACAGGCCUCAUCGUCUCCGAGAUCCCGUACCUCAUCAUCUGCGGCGUUCUCUACUUUGUCUGCUGGUACUACACGGUCGGAUUCCCGACGGCUUCGACUCGCGCGGGCGCGACGUUCUUCGUCAUGCUCAUGUACGAAUUCCUUUACACAGGCAUGGGUCAAUUCAUCGCCGCGUACGCCCCCAAUGAGGUCUUUGCGUCACUGGUCAACCCGGUAGUUAUCGGCACCCUGGUCUCCUUCUGCGGUGUCUUGGUCCCCUAUCAGCAGAUCACGGCCUUCUGGCGCUACUGGAUGUACUACCUCAACCCGUUCAACUAUCUCAUGGGAAGCAUGCUCGUCUUUAGCGUGUGGGGCACGGAUGUCAACUGCGCGGACAGCGAGUUCGCCGUCUUUGACCCCCCGAACGGAACGACCUGCGCCGACUACCUGUCGAGCUAUCUCUCGCAGGGCAUGGGUGCGACGGGAAACCUCGUCAACCCCGAGGCGAGGGCUGACUGCAGGGUGUGCACGUACACCAAGGGCGAGGACUACCUGCGAACGCUGAACCUGAACGAGUACUACUACGGCUGGCGGGACUCGGGCAUCGUGGUGCUCAUGGUGUUUAGCUCGUACGCGCUGGUGUACGCGCUGAUGAAGCUGAGGACCAAGACGUCCAAGAAGGCUGAGUAG